GUCUAGGCAGGCGGCAGCCCCUGCGGCACUCGCUGUCCAGAAAGCGCCAGCUGGGGGGUCGCCGCAGCCGGUGCGGUAGAGGUUGUCCGCUACUCACCGCGCUUCCGGAAGCCGGCUGCAGCGCGAGUCCUGUCAGAGCGUGGGGCGCAGGCCAGAGGAGAGGACGGUGCAGCGGGCUUGCGUGCGGCGGCGACUCCCGGGGCCAGGCAGCGGAGCGCCAUGGCGGAGGCGGCCGCCGCUCCGACUUCUGAAUGGGACUCUGAGUGCCUUACAUCCUUGCAGCCUCUUCCUCUGCCUACGCCUCCAGCUGCAAAUGAAGCACAUCUGCAGACUGCAGCCAUCUCCCUGUGGACAGUGGUGGCUGCUGUGCAGGCCAUAGAAAGGAAAGUGGACGUUCAUAGCCGGCGACUCCUACACCUAGAAGGCAGAACAGGGACAGCAGAGAAGAAACUAGCCAGCUGUGAAAAGACAGUGACUGAACUUGGGAACCAGCUGGAUGGCAAGUGGGCUGUUCUGGGGACCCUGCUGCAGGAGUAUGGGCUGCUGCAGCAGCGGCUGGAGAACCUGGAGAACUUGUUGAGAAACAGGAACUUCUGGAUCCUGCGACUGCCCCCAGGUAUUAAAGGAGAUAUACCAAAGGUGCCUGUGGCAUUUGAUGAUGUCUCCAUCUACUUUUCCACUCCAGAGUGGGAAAAAUUAGAAGAAUGGCAAAAGGAACUUUACAAGAAUAUCAUGAAAGGCAACUACGAAUCUCUCAUCUCUAUGGAUUAUGCCAUGAAUCAACCAGAUGUCUUAUCUCAGAUUCAACCAGAAACGGAACAUAAUACAGAAGACCAGCCAAGGCCAGAGGAAAGUGAAAUUCCCACAGAUCACAGUGAAGAGCCUGGCCUUUCAACCUCAGAUAUUCUGUCUUGGAUUAAACAAGAGGAGGAGCCUCAGAUUGGAGCCCCCCAGGAGUCCAAAGAGAGUGACCUGUACAAAGGUACCUACGCUGAUGAAGAGCUUGUCAUUAAAGCUGAAGACCUUGCUAGAGCCUCUUUGUGCCCUGAAGUCCCAGUCACUUUCUCUGCUCCAUCAGCAGCAAAGGAUGCUUUUUCAGAUGUAGCUUUCAAAAGCCCACAGUCCACACCUAUGACACCUUUUGGACGGGCAGCCACUGACCUGCCUGAAGCCUCAGAGGGACAAAUGACUUUUACUCAGUUAGGAAGCUACCCACUCCCACCUCCAGUUGGAGAGCAGAUGUUCUCAUGCCAUCAUUGUGGCAAGAAUCUCAGCCAAGACAUGUUAAUGAUGCAUCAGUGUAGCCAUGCUGGUGAACACCCCUUAACCUGUGCCCAGUGUCCCAAGCACUUUGCCCCACAGGCCAAUCUUGGUAGCACCUCCCAGGACCAUACAAGUGAAACACCACCCACCUGUCCACACUGCGCGCGGACCUUCACUCACCCCUCUAGACUCACCUACCACCUUCGGGUCCACAACAGCACAGAGCGCCCCUUCCUUUGUCCUGAUUGCCCCAAGCGCUUUGCUGACCAAGCACGACUCACCAGCCACCGGAGAGCUCAUGCCAGCGAGAGGCCCUUUCGCUGCACACAGUGUGGCCGUAGCUUCAGCCUGAAGAUCAGCCUCCUGCUGCACCAGAGGGGACACGCGCAGGAGCGCCCCUUCUCCUGCCCUCAGUGUGGCAUUGACUUCAAUGGGCACUCAGCACUGAUUCGUCACCAGAUGAUCCACACAGGAGAGCGCCCCUAUCCAUGCACAGACUGCAGCAAGAGCUUCAUGCGCAAGGAACACUUGUUAAACCACCGUCGGCUGCACACAGGUGAACGGCCCUUCCAGUGCCCGCACUGUGGCAAGAGCUUCAUCCGCAAACACCACCUCAUGAAGCAUCAGCGCAUUCACACAGGCGAGCGACCCUACCCCUGUGCACUCUGUGGCAGGAGCUUCCGCUACAAGCAGACACUCAAGGACCACCUGCGGACUGGCCAUAGUGGAGGCUGUGAUAGGGACCCUUCUGUACAGCCACCAGACCCGCCUGGGCCACUCUUAACUGUGUUGGAAACUUCUGGCCUUGGUGUUAGCACUGAGGGCCUAGAGACCAAUCAGUGGUAUGGGGAAAGUAGUGGAGGGGUAGUUUUGUAGACCUGUGGCCUCCUGGUUAUUUAUGUUCAAAGCAGAGCCAAAAGACCAGGAGAGAUCCCACAAGCUCCACCACCCAUAGUAAUUGUUAUCCAGUUCAUAAAGGAAUUUGGGGUCCUCUAUGCUCAACUAGAGACAUGCUUGUAUUUUGGAAGUUCACAACAGUACAAGAACAACACAUUUUGAAAUCCAGAAAGAACUGGAAAAGAACCCAGCACCCCAUUUUUUUCAGAGAUACAAAAGCAGAGUUUGGGAAGCAAGAUUUAGCCUCCGAUCACCCUGUCACAGGAUAGCCAAAUGACAGUAGACGUGUCUCUAGGCAAAGACAAGUGCAUGGGAAGAGCCCCCAAACCUUGAAGCCAUCUAGAGGCAUGAGAAUGUUCAAAGCCAUUCACUAAUUUCUUUUGGUGAGAUGAGUGUUGGAGGAACAUGCUUUAUUUAGCUGCUGUUUAUGUUGCUGUGGCCCCUGAAACCAGCCAAGCUCUGUUCAUACAUGUGUAGUUACCUUUCCGUGAAACUGAUGACUCAGACUACUUUCCUCAGCCUCCUAGAUUUUGUCUGCUAAUACAUUUUAACAUUGGUGAACAAGAAA